AUGGGGAAUUCUCUUCUACAUGUUGUGGUUUUACUUUGGAUGAUGCCUGAUUUAUCAUCAGAAGUCACAUAUAAUAUCAAAGAAACAUUCUCUGCAGUAUUUAAUUGCCAAUCUCCUGACCAAAAAAUGAUGUAUGAAGAGAUCAAGUUGUUUCUUUACUCAGGAGAUCUGGAAGUUCAGUGUUUUUUCUUAACUGGAUUCAAUGCUCUGGAAAGCAAAGAGAAAACAAUAAAACUAUUUACAUCAAGAGGACUUGCUCCCACCAUGACUAUCACGAAUAGCACUUAUAGUGGUGUCUUUCACUUUAAUUUAUCAAUGCAAGUUAAUCAGCCUGGUUGGUUCAUUAGUAUUCCCAGAGAAACAAUUAUAGAUGAAAAAGAUAUUGCUCCAGUAGAGCAGUGGUUUGUUGCUAUUUCACUUCAAGAUGGAUUACAUACUCAUACUACUGAAGGAACUCUUCUUGAUCUUCUCCGAGAACCUAUUCUUCAGUGGAGUCUUGGGGAAUCCAUUACUAAUGAACAAUUUCGUGAAAUACUUCCCAAUGUGGUAAGGAUUAGGAUGGGAAAAUGUCCCUGUGCUAAUGAUGUGGUGAUAAUUGGUGUCGUAUGUAAUCAAAACGUUCAGGGUAUUUACCUAGGUUUGACUCCAUCUGGAUUUUGGAAUGUGGGUGGCACUAAAUGGUACAACUUGACAGAAUAUCUCUGCUCUUUAUAUGAAGAUUGCCAAGAUUUUUCAUUUGUGGAUGCUAUUUUAACAAAUCAUUAUUUACUACUUCUCACUUCAUUGGGUCUUUUAGUAAGCACAGAUCUUCGAUAUCCAAAAGAUCAUUUAACGUUUUCAAGAACAAAUUUUUGUGGUUUUGAAAGGGGAGAUUAUUUACAAGCAAAACUAUGGUAUAAUGAACAAUGUUUUGCCAACAGAGAAGCAUUUGAAGAUGAUUUUGUUUCUGUCACUUUUGAGAAAAACUUGACAUUGAGCCAGACAUCUACUUGUUUUUUUAGUAAAGAUCCAUUUUUUGUUUGGAAACCUUGCCUAUCUAAAGCUAAAAUUAAACAACCUAAGAAAAAAGUCACGCAAACAAUUGUGUCAUUUCUUGUUGAUAGUGAGCAGAAAUCUGCAGUCUACCUUCUUAAGACAAAGAAAAGUGUUUCUGUUGCUGUACGGAAUUUACAUACUGAUUCAUCAAGUCCUCUACUGAAAUUUCCACUUUUCCAUUUUCCUAAGGACUUUUCUAUAGCACUUGGAAUGGUUUUCCAUCCCAGAAGUCACUUUCUGUAUGUUUAUGGUAAUCAGGUCUGGCUUUCAACAGAUGGAGGCAACAGUUUUGUGGUAGUAGCUUAUAUGCCAAAUGAUCCCAUCAAGCAGACCUAUCAUUCUUUUUAUAGUUCAAGUAUUAUCUUUCUUAGUAUGUCUGGAAGAGUUUAUCUUUCAAGGGCAGGAUUAACGACAUAUACCACAUAUGGAAAAGUAAAACACAAAAUUUCUGAGUUUUACUAUGAUCAACUGGGCACUGGAAUUUUAAUUACUCUGAAUCAAUCAAUCUCUGAUUCUAUUCAAAAAUAUCCAGCAUUUUCUUUGUCCGCUCUCACAUCGACUGAUAAUGAUGUAGCAUUUAAAACUGCACUAGCUCCACAGUACCUCACCCUAAAUGAAAUAAUCUUUUUUGCAUAUGUGCCCCUGACGUCAACAAAUAAAGAAGAGUUAAAAUUUCAGCAGGUUCAUAUUGGCAAAAAAAUAAAAUCAAGAUCAAUUGGUGAUGCUGAUAUAAAGAAGAUUAUGCAUCAUGAUUAUCUGAAAGGCUUUCCAAGCUCAGCUAUUGCCCAUGUGUUAACUCCUUUCAAAGUUGAAACUAAACAGCAAAGUCCUUGUUUAGAAAAUUCCAUUACCAUUGCAAAAGAUAAAUACCCUUUUUACAAAGUUAGUCUUUUUUUAAAAGAUCCAACAGCUUUAUCUACAUUUAGACGCUCUGACAUUGAAAAGACAGUGGUAAUACCAGGUUACUGCAGCUUCCUUCUUGUUGAAUUUGUUGAUAACUUGAACAUUUUGGCUCUUGCUACCAUGCCUAUUAUUGCACCUUUCAAUAAGACCUUUAAAAAGGAGGAGUGGUUGCUAUAUGACUUUUCAAUGCAAUUUCAGACCAUGUGGAAAAUUUCUAUAACCCCAUGUAACUACUGGGUUCAACAUGAAAGUACUGCAACAUCACGAAGCAUUAUCAAAUACAUGGAUCUUGCAAAUCAGUAUACAUUUCGCAUUAAAAUCAUUCAAAGAGAGAUCAAAGAAGCUCAGUUAUUUCAAUUACCACUCCUAGAAGUAUUUGUUGGAAAUCGACACAUGGUGGAAAUGAAAUCUUUUGGCUUUUGGGAUAACACUAACAGUUACACAUUUGAAUUUCAUGCCUCCAAUAGAAAUAUUAUACAGGGUAUGACUUCAGUUUCUUUCGUAAUCUGGCGGGCAUCAACAGUUUGUGAUGUAACCACAAUUGUCUUAACACUGAAGGCCAGCUGUAGUUAUUUCAAAUACAUGCAAUUUGUUCCUAAUUACAAUAUUCCCAAAUCUGCCUGGGAAGAGGGAAUAUAUGCAAAUGAAAAUGGCUUCAAUAUGAUAAAAACUUUGCCGUUUAGUGGGAAGUACAAGCAGUGUUUCAACAAGUCCUCUCGAGCAGAGUGUAAUUGCACUAUUGAAGAGAAGAUGUCUUAUGCUCUUACUUUCUCAGACUGCAGAGAAAAGGUUCCUCGGCAUCAGUUUCCUGUUAAUCAGUAUCCUAUUUCUUUGAAAAUCCACAAUGGAAAUUUGAGAGAUAUACAAAUGGAAGCUCCAUAUUUUGUUACUAUAUCAGAAUUAAAUAAUAGAGGAAACUGGAAAGUCAAACAACAUGUGCCAGAUGAUAUGAAGAAAUUGAAGCAACAUGUAGAAAGCUUGAUUUUUCGUCCUGUGUAUAACCCCAAAUCCCUCAAUCUAAGCAUAACUGGAUCUGAGCUCUUCCAUUUCAGAGUAACAGUUAUUCCUGGAGUCACUUUUUGUGACUUAGCUGAUGAGUUUCAGAUCUAUGUGGAUGAUGUACCGACUGCAUUUCCAGGAAAACCUCUUAUUGCUAGUGUAACAGCUGCAGUUGUAGGGGGAAUCUUUUUUUUUGGAUUUCUUUUUGAAUUGUAUAAUAUCCAAGUGUGGAAGCCAUUUAAAAACAUGUUUAGGAGGUGGAAAAGAGCCGUAGUAAUAAUGCGAAAUAGAACAUCAAUUAUAUAA